CUCUGAAAUGGCACAGGUUUCGGCGAAGAAAUGUUCACUAUGUGAUGAACAGAACGGAGCAUAUUAUUGUUAUGAAUGUCAACAAGCUUUAUGCACAGCGUGUCGUAACAGACAUGGUAAGAUUCCAGCACUAAGUGGACACACAGUCGCUGAUAUUAAUACAGUAGAUCUGUCAACUGUCAACAAAAAGUCUCACUGUUUAGAACACAAGAAAGAAUUCCUGUUUUACUGUGUUAAAUGCGAUACCUUUAUUUGCAGUAAGUGCGUAACAUCUACACAUUAUACACAUCCUUUCUCAGAAAUAACUGAAAUUGUAGUAAAAGAAAGACAAAAAGCAAAAGAAAAUAUUGAAGAAUUAAAAUUGAAAAUUGAUGCAAUAUCUACCCUGCAAGAAAAAGUCAAGACAACUCACUUUGAACAACUCCAUGCUAAGAGCAAACAAUGUAUUGAACAUAUUGAAUCCGCCAGCAAAGGUCUUCAGUCCUGUAUAGAAUCGAAGAGAAGUAUCAAAACUACUGAAGUAGAGGACAAUGAAAAAAAAGAGCAAGAAAAUUUAAAAGUAUUUGUUGACAACACAGACUCAGUUCAUAAGCAAUACACACAAAUAUUAUCAGAACUGGAGAAUGUUUUGUUGGAGAAACAUGAUGUGACAUUUUAUUCAAGUUAUAGAUCAAUUGAUAGUGAUAUUCAAACAUUGGUUAAUAUACCUGAAGAACCUGAAGAAGCACAGGUACCAACUUUCAAAGAUGAAUUCUUGUAUCAAGAAGUUAAGGACUACAUGGAAUUGAAGAUUGAUAACAGCUUACAUGUAUAUCAGAGCUGUCCUAUUCAGAGGAUGAAAAUUGAAGAUUUACAGUCAGAAAACAAAAGAUACAAGGAAACUCUUCAAAGAGAGCUAGAGAUAAAAGAUGAAGAACUCAUACAGUUAUCUUUAGAUUUACAGUCAGAAAACAAAAGAUACAAGGAAACUCUUCAAAGAGAGCUAGAGAUAAAAGAUGAAGAACUCAUACAGUUAUCUUUCGUUAAGCAAUUUUUUGAGGCAAAAUACACAACCUUGAAAAAUGAAACAUACCAGAAAGAUGCAGAGAAUAAAAAGCUUGCAGACAAAGUUAAGACAUUGAACAAGGACCUGGAAAAGAAAGAUGAUGAGAUUAAAAAAAAAUCUAGAGAGAUCCAUAUUUUGAAGGAAAGAGGUCGAAUUUUGUCAUCGAAUACUCCCGGAUAUGGCUGUACUGGAUGUGGAAAGAUCUAUGGAUCAAGGGAUGACUUAGUACGCCAUAAAUCUUCAUCUGUUUGCAAAUAGUUGAUGAUCUUACUGUAAGACUCUUACAUUACCGGCAAAUAGAAGGAACUGCUUUCAAAGGACUAUCAUGAUUGUAAUUAGAAUAAAUAAGAUUGAUCAGUAAUCAUAUGAAAAAAUAUGUGCACCUUGUUUUUGGCUCUCAUGCAGCAAAGGGCAAUGUGAGCUAAUACAAACAGUUGGCAUUGCUAGGUUAUUGUCCUGCAUUCAUUGUCUGUUUGUUUGUUUCUAUAAUUUAGAUCGAAAUGAUGGUGAACUGCAUACAUUCUACAGUUUUCUUUAUGUUUUCAUUAUGAUAUGAUAUUGAAGUCAAAUAAUCAUCAGAUAUUUGGUGUUAUUAUUUUUUUUUGGUUAAUGAAUUUCGAUAUUAUAAAGAAAUUCAUUUUAAAUUUUACUAUAUACUAGAACACAUCAGCCGGAUUGACCAAAUUAAAGUUCCUGCACCUUAUUUUAAACCUGGAUUUUUAUACGACUCUAAAAUAAAAAAAAAUUUGGUUGUAUAUUGGUAUCACGUCAUUGUCGUUGUUCUCAGUUGUGUCUCAAGAUGGAUGAUUUCUGGAUAAUAACUUUAGUAUAAGUGAAUAGAAAUCAAUACAUUUUUAAAACAAGGUUUAUACCACUAAAGGAAGGUUGGAAAUAAUUUUUGGGGUUUUGGACAUUAUGGUCCCAACAGU